UAAUAUUUAAGUCUCGAUCCAUCGAAAUACAAUCGAUGCUAAAUCGCAAAUGUAAGAAAAUUUGAAGUAACCAAAAACUUGGAGUAACAACUAUUUUAACAAGUCUUGAUGAACAAUAAUUUAUAAAAUAAUAAAAUAGUAGAAAUGGAUUCUUAAUGAACGGUAUAACAUAAAUAGUUUGAAAUAACAUAUGUAAUGCUGAAAUUUUCAACUUACACAGGGAUUUGGAUUCUUACCAUCCUUCUUUUAAUUGCUCCUAUCAUCAAAACCGAAAAAUAUAAUAUUGUUGAUACUGAAUUUUCCACAUGUCAUUACCAUAAUUAUUAUUAUUCCCAAAAUUGCGGAUCAUUAAAAAAUUCUAAUUACUUUUUUCUAAGUUUCACGCAUGUUGUGCAAGACUUUAUAAGCGUUUUAUUAAAUGGUACGUAUAUAUAUGAUCCAUUAUUAAUUACGAAUCGAUUUGAUGGUAAUAAUAAUUCGAAAAGUACAAUUAACGAUAUAAAAAAAUUGCAAAAAUUAUUGAAAAAUAAAUUAAAAAAUAUUCCAAUUUAUUCUAAGAGGUUAUUAAUGCCAAGUGCUUCGAAAGAUACGAUUAAUCAUUACACAAAUGAUACAUUAUUAUCGUUCAAUAAUGCAUUGUCAAAGUCCACGAAAGGGAAUAACAAGUAUCCGAAGUAUCAGAUUGGUUACAGAUGGAAACGAAGAACAUUAUGCGCAAUUUUUAAUAGGGAAAAAUAUUCUACGGAAAAAUUGAAAAAUAAAGAAGAAAAGGGUAAAAGGAAGACGUUAUUAGAUUACGAUGAACCGCGUAUUUUCACGAAUGAUAUCGACGAUUCCGAUUCUUUAAAAACACACGUACGAGUGAAAAGAAGCAAAUCAGAGUCGGAACCAAUUAUAUAUCGACAAGAUUAUUUGAAAGAUUUGGCUAACUCUUUUCCUCAUGAUCAAGAUAUUCAUGAAUCAAUUGGAAAAAAUUCUUACAACGAUGACGCAACAUUGCUCGAUACGAAACGAGAAAUUAAUUAUAUUGGAAUUGAUGAACAUCGAAAAGAGAAUGAAGAUCGUUCGAAAUAUCUUAACGCUGUGAUUUCUGUGUAUGAAGAUAAAUUCAAGAAUAAUAAUAUUAUCGAUUCGUCAUCAUUCGACGUAACUAAAGUAAACGCGUUAGAAAAGAGAAAUAUAAAAUUCGUAGAUGAGACACCAGAUAAAGAAAUUAAAACGUUGCAAAAAUUAUCCUUGAAUAAUAUGCUUAAUACGAAUCGGCAGUCGGAAGAAAAUUCAGAAGUUGAAAAUUUAUCAGAUCCUAUGUUAGCGGUUGAAUUAGUUAGGAAAAAACGAAACGAUUAUAAGGCAAACGAUGAUGAGGAUGAUAAGGACAAUAAAGAGUACUUAAGAGGGAAAAAUUCUCUCUCGUUUGAUUCUCAAAAUAUUGAGAUUAAUGAAAAAGAAAAAUCUAAGGAAAAGAAACGAUCGAUACUCGAAACAAGUAUACUCGAUAAGAAUUUAAAUCCAUCGGAUUUGAUUAACGAUAUGAAUACAAAUUUACCACGGAAAAAAAAAAGAAAAGAGAAGGACAAUUAUGAUGGAACGAAAACAAAGUUAAAACGGAAAAAGAAAAAACAUAUGGGAAAGAAACAUGAUGGAUCGAACAAUUUUCUACGACCGAUAAAAGAUGUUCAUCCGAAAGAUAUAAGCCGAUCGAAAGUGUCUCGCAAGAAAAAAACGAAUAAAGGGAAGAACAAGGAUAAAUUGAAAAAAGAAAGAAAUAUUAAUGCGAUAGAUAAGAAAAGUAAUGAAAAUAAUUUUCAUCAUAGAUUCGUAAAAUCGAAAAAUUUGGUCGAUAGGAGGGAUAUCUUUAAAAAUAUUGAGUUACUACCAGUGCACGAAAAAUUAAAAACAUCUGAUAAGAAUAAAAUAAAUGACGAUAUGUUGAGAUAUGUUUCAUCAAUUUCUUCUGUUGCGCCAAAAAGACCAAUAGAGGAGACAAAAAACAGCGAUGACAAUUCAAAUACCGGAAUAGAUGAAAAUACGAAUGCGAAGCGAAUGAUGCAGAAGCGAAACGAGGAGCGGAAAAGUUUUGUGGAAAAUGAAGAAAAUUUGCCGCCGCAAGAUACAAAAUUACGUAUAAAAAGAGAUAAAAAUACCGAAUCGAAUCAUGGUUUUUUAAAUAAAGAAGAGGAAUUAAAAUAUUACGAGAACAUUCGGGAACCUAGCUCUGAAAUAAAUCGAUGUUCCAAUCGAGACAAAAAUCAACUUUCAAUGGUUAAUGAAAUGAAUAAUAAUAAUAAUAAUAAUAAUAAUCGAGCUGUACGAUCGAUUCAAGAAGUUAAAGAACUCGCGAAGAAAUUAGUAACGAAAGUAAGUGAGCUUCAAAAUUAUUUAAACACCGAAGGAAACAUAAAAAUUGAUUCGGAAAAGAGUAAAAUUAAAACACGCGCGAUAGACGAUUUAUGUUCCAAUGUUAGCACUGCUUGUGACGUUUUUAAAGAAUCGCCUAAAAUUGUUCAAAAAUGUGUGUCGACAAGUCAUGAAGUUGGAUCUACAAAAACGUCAAAAAUUCUCGACGAGAGAAAAGUGAAUCCAACUCAAAUUACCAAUGAGCACGAUAAACUCGUUAAGAUUCCGGAUAAAAAUGCUAUGGAAAAAAAAAGAUCGGUGAGUAGACGUAUCGUUAAAAAUACGUCUACGAAUAUUCCAAGGAUAAGCCGUGAAAAUGAAAAUGAAUCAAAAUCUAAUAAUAAAUGGGGCAAAUGGACAGAUUGGAGUAGUUGUAGCGUUACUUGUGGUAAAGGCCGUCAAAUAAGAUGGCGGUACUGUUUACGCGAUUGUAGCACAGCAGAGACCGAGAUGGAGGAAAAAGCUUGCCAAUUGCCCGCUUGUCCACCAGGAAAAUUUCUUGGUAUAUUUUGAUGAUUGGUUAUAAUUGUUAACGAUAAUAUUUUCCUACGAACGAAGCGAAAUACAGCUUCUCGAUUGUCUGCGUUAAUCUUAAUUGUCGAUGUCAAUGUCAAUGUAAGAUUUAUGCGAUAUGUUUUAAAAAAAAUAAGUACAUAUAAAAUGUAUGUUAUAAAAAAAGAAAAAGAAAAACGAGGAGAGGAAUAUCAUGAAUAAAGAAAGAAUUAGAAGUAGACAAAUUAAAAUCGUUGAUUUUACUUCUGAGUUAUUAUUUUAGCAAUUAACAGUUAAGAAAUUAUUAUUGAAACGAAUAACCUCAACACUGUUUUGUAACAAAUCGCAUGAUGUAUAUUUUUUUUUUCUUUUCUUUCUUUUUUUUUUGUUUUAUUAGCAAAUACACAAUAUAUAUUAUAUAGAAUAUCUUAAACACAACUUUUCUUUCUUCAUUCGUAUUCAUAUGUAACGAGAUUUCGUUGCUUACAGAACAGUCUAAUCAUUAUGUUUCAAUUACAAUGCUACAGUUUACUUUUUUUUUCUCUUACCUCUCCCUCCCCCUCCCUCUUCCCUCUUCGCCUUUGUUUAAUUUAAAAUAUCGCAAAAUAUUAGCGAUUGUAAAGAAUUGGGGUAAUUAACAAAUAUUUUGAUGAUAUUAUUUCAUAAUAUUUUGUUUUCACAAAUAAUGUAAUAUAAUUUUAUUUAUUUUAACGACCCAUGUUUUUUUUUUUUUUUUUACAUUAGAUCUCUUAAGAUCUCAUUUACUUAACAACUUGUAUUUCUCUCAUUUAUAUUUUGUUGCUUAUAAACUAAUUUUAUCGUAUAAAUUGUACAAACGUGAUCUUCUUUUCGUGCCAUUUAAUAAUAUACAAAUUUCGUAAUAUACAAAAUCGUCGAAAAAUUUCUAAAUGGACAUAUAAGGCUUUCGAAACGACCUCGUGUAAAUUGCAAUUGUUUAAUUUAAAACGGAGAAGAAAGGGUUAAGAUAAACCGUGCUUACAUCGUAUCAAAGUAUAUAUAUCUACGAUGAAAUAGAAUUGUUCGCAUAAAAUCACGUGUAGACAAAGAUCACAGUAAUUGUCACCCAUCCCAGUUGCAUCGAAUUAUGAAGAGAGAAAAUCAGAAUCGAUGGGAUCGAUGCAACAUACGAGACGAUAGUAAGCACAAUUUCUCCUCACGUUUAAUCUAGUACCGUUAGAACGUCAAAAGACGCUAUUAUAUUUUUGCAUAUUAAAACUCGACUUUAAUUAUUGUUCAUAACAAUCUCGUACAAUCGUACUUUAUCUUUAUCCUUAAUCGUAAUCACGAACCUGCGAAUAUUCCGAUCUUAUCUAUAAAAUAAUAAUUUGUAAAUGGUCUUAAUCCUCGAUUUCGCUUUGAGAAAAUUCAAAGAUCACCUUUCACGAGGCAAAUCAAAUUUUAAUCUUUUCGGGAAGAUAUCUCGAAAAAUACGAGAUAUAUGAUAAUGAAAAUAUUUUAAAGGAAAUCAGAUUGUACUGCCAUUUAUUUGAUCUUGCAAAAGAUCGAUUUUUGAUUUUUAAAUUAAAACCUAUUACUAUUUUUUAUUACUAUAUUACUAUAUUAUUACUAUAUUAUUGCUGGUAUCAAAACGUUUUCGAAACAUUAUCUAAAAAUUUAAUUUUUGUAUAAGCAAUUCUCAAAAUAUAACGAGGUAUUAAUAUUAUCCGACGGGUACAAAGACAAAUUGUUUAUGAUUUUUUCAUUAGCAUGUUUUGAGCGUUCAUAUUUCAGGAAUCGAUUAUGUAAAAAUUAGAUAAAAUUAGGUAGCGCUUCGAAAAUAUUUUUCGAUGGCAACGAUAAUAAUAUGCAAUAAAAAAUAUAAGUCCUUAACUUAAAAAUUAAACUUGUAAACUUUUAGAAGAUUCAUGGCGUUCAAAGUUAAAUAAAUGCAAAAGUAGAAAAAACAAACGCUGACCGCUAAAUCCAUUCUUUUAAUUUUUAUUUUAAGAAAUUGAAAUUGCUCCUUUUUCUCAAGCGUGUAUAAUUUUUAAUCAAUAAUUAAGUUAAAGGAGAAUGCAGAUAAAAAGUCAAAUUAAAAAAUUAUUUUAACGAGAAAUAAUAUUCCUAAUAAAUAUUCCCUAUCCAAGUUUGUAAAGAGAAAUUUAAUGAUUAAAAUUUUGAAUCAAAAUUCCAUGAGAUCAAAAUAAUUUUUAUAGCGAAAUUCUAAAUUCUAAAGAAAUUCAUCAUCAUCAUUGAUAAAAUAAAAGUAUAUUUAAUACAAGUGUGAAUUAAAGAGAAAUAAAUCAAAAAAUAAAUAAGAUUUUUACAAAUAAUUUGUAAUAAUCACUUAGAUUCUUUUGUAAGAUUUCAUAUAUCAUUUACUGAUGUGGGAAAGUUUUUGAAACGUUCCAUUAUAGCAUAUUUCAUAUUGCUUUCGCAACGAACGAGAAACAAUUGUAAAGUAAUAAUGUGAGAUCUGUUUCCAUACGUAUAAUAGAAUUUUAUAAUUUUGUUUGAUUAAAAAAUAAAUAUUUCACAUGCGAUGAAAAAUGAUUUCAUCUGAUUAAAAAAAUUAAAAAAAUAUAUAUAUAUAUAUUCGGAAACUAUGAUAAAUUAUUAAUAAUAGUUGACGAAUAUUCCAAUAAACAGAUAUCUAGGGAUAAAGAACUAGGGGAAAUUUAGAAUUUUUUUCUCUAAGGAACGUAAUGUUUUCGACGUGUCGUCUCAGAAACAUAUGCGCCAUCUAAUGAUUAAGAGAUAAUUCAAUACGUUCGUUGCUCGAUAUUUCAGUUUUUAUAUAAGGACUAUAUAUAUAUUGAUUUUUAUUACUAAAAUCUAGAAUCUAAAUAUCGAGGAAAAAAUGAUUAAAAAAUGAUUGAACAUUUCUCUUUAAAUCGUUCGAUAAUAUAUAUAUAUAUAUACUUUAUAUUUCAAUCUCGAUACCGAUAUCGAAUCUUUAUAUUCGCAUCCAGCAACAAUAUUGACUAUUACGAUAAUUACACAAUGUAAUGCAAGUUUCUUUUGUUCUUUUUUACUUUCAUCAACAAUAAGAUUCGCGCGUUACCUUUGUUAAAUAUAUUAAUAACGUAUUUAUCAACAAAGAUUAUAAAUCAUAGUACGGAAAAAAAAAAUGAGUCAAUAAACAUGCAGAACAAAAUUAAUAAGUAAAAUGAAUUCUCUUGAUUGCGCAAGUUUUGUUUUAAAAUAAUUUUAAUAAGAUAAGAAAGAUUCAAAUUAAUGCGUUAAAGAGAAAUAAAGAUAACAUAUUAUGACACUAUAGAAAAUAUGUUAUAAUCACGUGAUGAAGAAUCCAAGAUCUCGGUGACGUAAUAUCUCUAAUUAGUAAUAUCCGACUUAUCUUAUGGGACUUAAAAAAAAAACAAAUACAAAUUGAUCACAAUAGUAAACAGCAACGUAAGUAUACGUAUAUAGUCAUGAAUAUUAAACAACGCAUAUAUUGCCGAUCAAGAGUAUUAGGACGUUUGCUAUUUUUGAUAAAUUUAAAGCGUAUGAAGUAUACACUUCAAAAAAAAGAAAUUCGAGAGAGAGAAAAAAAUUGAAUCAAAUUGAAUUGAAUAAUUUUAAAUUUUUAUAAAAUCUCAAAAUAAAUAAUUGUAAUAAUUUAUAAUAUAUAUUCUAAUACACUGAAUUAUAUUGCAUACGAAUAAUUUUUGAAUCUGUUUUCAAUUUAUACAAUGAAUGUGUUUCACGCAUAAAAUUAUACACAUAAAUAUUUAAGAAAAAGAAAAUUUAAUAAACACAAGUUUCGAAUCAAAUUUGUUCUUCUAUCGUAAUCAAUUUUCUUUGAAGUAUGAUAGUUGGAUAAGAAAAGAAGUAUCGAGUAUCAAAAAAUUCAUUUCUAAUCAAGUUAACAUUGUAUUAAUAAAAAUAUAUUCUACAUAAGAGAAAUUGUGAUAAAAACAAAAAAAAUGUGUUCGAUAACUGUAUAAAAAGAUUCAUAAUAAUUUAAAUUUUUUUCAUUUAUAAAAAUUAAAGAUAAAUGUGAAAAAUAAAGAAAUCUGAAUAUCCCAGAAAGAUAAGUUAGAAAAUAAGCUAGAAAAUGAGAUUAGAACAUUGCUUGGUUUCUUAACGCAAGAGAUGAUAUGUUGAAAAGAUAUAAGAGAAAUAAAAGAGACGAAUUACUCCUCCGAUACAAUUACACAAAUAAAUGAAAUCAAGCGAAUGAAAUAAUUUCAAUAAUAAGAACAUAUAUGAAAUACUCGGAAUCAAUAUUGAUCAAUAUUGACAGUUGAAAAAUAAUCAUUGAAAAUCAUUAAAAUAAGAGAGUUAAUAAAAUCGAAUUCGUUUUUUUUCCGAUUUUUUCGAUAUCUCUUUGAGGAUAUCGAUCGGAUUGAUAAAAUGGAGCAAAAUCAUCGGUUGCUUUGCGUAUUGAUAUUGAUAUUAACCAAUAUCGAAAUCAGAUUAUUAAUCUCGAUAAGUAUUCAUUAUGAUACUUAAACAUCUUGUGAUCAUUUCUAAAUUUAUAAGAUCCUCGUUUUUUUUUUUUUUAUUUUCAAAAUAUCUUCAACGCCAUGACAAAGAACAAGUAUGUUAUGUUACUCACACUGAAUAUUGACAAAAUUGGAAAAAAUAUUAUGUAUAUGAUGAAUCUAAGCUUAAAACAAAAUCGUUCAAAUGGACUUGACAAAAAUAUCCGCUUACGAAGGACAUAUUGUGACGAGAAUAAAAUAAA